AUGGCAUUGCGUGGAACUACGACUGCUGCUGCUGCUUCUGUCGAUCAAGCGACUUCUGCCGGCGAAGAAUUCGCUAAGAUUUUUUACGAGACGAUGGACAAACGCAGACAUGUUCUUGCUCAUCUCUAUACUGAUGCCUCAACUGUUGUUUGGAAUGGGAAUGCAUGCAAGGGUCUGGAGCCGGUUAUUAACUUUUUACAGUCACUGCCAUCGAGUACGCACACGUUGACGUCACUCGACUGUCAGCCGGUUCCAGAUGCUGCAUCUCCUGGUCAAACUUCCAUUCUUGUGGUCACUGAAGGUUGGGUGAAGUAUGAUGGACAUGACGACGAGAGUUUCUCUCAGAACUUUCUAUUAGCCGAACAGAGCGGAGUGUGGAAAAUAGUGUCAGACUGCUUUCGAUUUAUAGACGCGUAA